ACAGCUGCAGCUAGGAUGGGAAGUUUCGGAGUCUGGAGUGAAACAGGAAAACGCAAAACCAAAACCACUUCUUACCUAGAACUAAGCUGAAUGUACUUGUCCAAUGAGCUUAAAGGAAGUAAACAAAACAACUGAGCUCUCAUGGAAGAACUGCCCAGAUGACUUGAUGUAUGAAGAUGAUCUAUUUUUUAGCAGUGUCAAGCGCACAGAAGAUCCUGUAGAAACAAGCACAGCAACAAAGUACAUUUUGGAGCAUCAAGACAGCUUGGAACAAGGCCAGAUGAACAACUGUAAAGAAGGUCCCAACAAUGGCAUCUCAGCAAGCCAAAGUUCCUUGCACUGCCACUUUGUCAGUCUAAAGCAGCAGAUGGCCCGGCAGAAGGCAGAGUACGAAGCUAAGAUUUUAAGCCUGGAGCAACAGAAUAAAGAAUUACAGUUAGAGAUUAAGGAUCUGCAUUCAAAACUGGGUCAGCAACGGAAGUGGUAUCGUUUAGUGGAAAUUAAAAUGCGCAAUGCAGAGAGGGCACAUGAAGAUGCAGAGAGAAGGAAUGAAACGCUUCAGAAGGAAAUGGAAGAAUUUUUUGAUACUUUUGGAGAACUGGCAAAUGAAAUAAAGACACCAGAACAAGUUGCCCAAAAUGUUUAG